AUGGGUUUAUUAUCACUUCUCAGGAAGUUAAAAUCUCAGCCAGAUAAAGAACUGCGCUUGUUAUUGUUAGGGUUGGAUAAUGCGGGAAAGACAACCCUUUUAAAGAAAUUGGCUUCAGAAGACAUAAGCCACAUAACGCCAACACAAGGUUUUAACAUAAAAACUGUACAAUCUGGUGGAUUCCGACUAAAUGUUUGGGAUAUUGGUGGACAGAGGAAAAUCCGGCCCUACUGGAAAAAUUAUUUUGAAAACACAGAUGUAUUGAUUUACGUGAUUGACAGUUCAGAUAAGAAGCGGUUCGAAGAAACUGGAGAGGAAUUGCAAGAGUUGUUGGAUGAAGAAAAACUGAGUGGAAUUCCAUUGUUAGUGUUUGCCAACAAACAGGACCUCAUGACAGCAGCCGCUGCCUCUGACAUUGCAGAUGGACUCAAUUUACAUUCACUAAGGGAUCGCAAAUGGCAAAUCAACCCUUGUUCAGCUAUGACAGGCGAAGGAAUAGAACCUGGAAUCAAUUGGAUGCUGAAAAACUUGCAGAAGAAGAAAUAA